ACCAGAAACACAGUUUACCCAUUUUAAUGGGGCAAAUCUAUAUCCAGAUAGCGGUAGAUGUAGUGAGCAAUAACCCAGAGUAUAUGGAGUAUGGUGUCCCUGUUUUGUGUCAAGGUUUAAAGGUUGAGUUCAAGAAUGACUUCCCCAGUCCGUGUCAUCGUGGUUGGAGCUGGCAAUCGAGGGGAGAUCUACGGCCAGUUUGCGUCCAUCCACCCUGAGCGUGUGAAGGUUGUUGGAGUAGCUGAUCCGAGGAAAUUUGCUCGCACUAAACUUCAACAGCAGCACACAAUUGUAGAUGAAAAUAUAUUUGAAGACUGGCACAGUGUACUUGAAAGAGAGAAGUUUGCAGAUGCAGUCAUAAUUUGUACUCCGGACCGCCUUCAUAAGGAACCUGCUGUGGCUUUUGCGAAGAAGGGCUACCAUGUUCUGCUGGAGAAACCCAUGGCAACAUCUGCUGAGGACUGCACAGCGAUUGUGGAGGCUUGCACUCAGAGUGGUGUGAUGCUGUCAGUGGGUCAUGUUCUCCGCUAUGAUCCCGUCAUCCACAAGAUAAAGGAGCUGAUAGAUGCUGGAGUCAUAGGUGACGUGAUCCACAUUCAGCACUUUGAGCCGGUUGGGUUUUACCACUUUGCUCACUCGUUUGUUCGGGGGAACUGGAGGAAGGAAGCAGAGAGCUCUUUUGCUCUUUUGGCUAAGUCGUGCCAUGACAUUGACCUAAUGCAUCACUGGGCUGGAGCACGCAGGUGUGUGAAAGUGUCAUCAUUUGGAUCCGUCAGCCACUUCAGCAAAGAAAACAAGCCUCCAGGUGCUGCAGAUCGCUGCCUUGAUUGUUCAGUGGAAAGAGACUGUCCAUACUCAGCACGCAAAAUCUACCUGGAUAGAGUGAAGCAGGGUCACACCGGCUGGCCUGUAUCAGUCAUAUGUCAGAGCUCGAUCCCAGACAUCGAGUCGGUAAGUGAGGCACUGAGGACUGGACCGCAUGGCCGCUGUGUCUACGAGUGUGACAAUGAUGUCUGCAGUAACCAGGUCGUUAACAUGGAGUUUGAAGGGGGUGUGACGGCAGCCUUUUCCAUGGUUGCAUUUACUGAGGAGAUAUGCAAUCGAAAAACAACCAUCUAUGGCAGCAAGGGGGAGCUGUCAUAUGAUGGCCAUGAGGUACGUGUGUUUAACUUUCUGACCGAGAGAUCUACAAAGCACACGGCACACAAUAAUGCCCCCAGCCACUUUGGCAUGAGUGGACAUGGGGGAGCAGACUACCACCUUAUGGACGCCUUUAUUUCUGCUGUAGCGAACAAUGAUCCGUCCCUGAUCCGCUCGGGUCCCGAGGAGACACUGCUGAGCCAUUUGUUGGUGUUUGAAGCUGAGCGUUCGCGAGUGGAGAGCAGGGUGGUGUACUGUGGUGACACUAGGCAGAGUUAGAUGAUGAACAACACUUUGACACAAAAGUGAUCUCACCUUGAAAAUCAAACACUAUAAUGAUACGUGGAUGAUUAAAGACACAACUAGACAUGAAUGGCCAAAUCUUAGAACAUAAUGUUGCUGACUAUAUUAGUCAUAUUGCUCAGGGAUUUUAACACUGUGUUUGUGACUGACUGACUGAGUAAGUAAGUGAACCUGUUUCGUUUUUAAAUAAUAUAAGUACUAAGCCAAGAACUUGAUCAUUUGAUGUUCAGCAUAAUGUCAUAUUGUUUGAGUUGUAGUAUUCACUGAAUUGCUGCUAAAAAGUUGGGAAUCUGUGAAAUUUAAAUUUUCUUUGAAUCACUGUUUGCUCUUAAUGUGCUUCUUAAUGUCAUCGCACACACAGUUGUCAGUGUGCACAUAUACUGUCAUUCUGAAUGGCUUCUUCAAAUGAAUUUUUUAAA